AUGAGUAAGAGAACCAUAGAUCAGUUUUUUAAACCAAAAACCUUAAAAACGGACCCGGAAUCAAGUGACAAAGUGUUAGUUCCGCUGUUGCCACGAAAAAUAGAAGGAACCACUAUUGGCUCGAUAGAAGAAGAAAGCAUUACGUUGACUCCAGAUCCAUGUUGUUCAUCGUCUUGUGACCAAUCCAGAAAUAGUAGGCCUACAGAUUCCCAAGUAAGCAUUGGCCUAACCUCUGUAGAUAUUGGCAUAGUUUCCGACCAUUUAUUCCACUCCACAACCAGAUUUGGUAAAACUACGGAUUUGAAAAGUAAAGUGCUGAAUGACUUAUGUUAUCCGGAUGAGAAUUUUAGCUUUCCAGUAACCGUGAUCAACAAUAAAAAAUUAAAGUUUCAGAGGACCUGGCUAAAAAGGUUUAAUUGGCUGGCUUAUUCUAAGGCUAAGGAUGGAACUUACUGCAAGUUUUGUGUGUUAUUUGCCAAUGAGUUCACUGGUAAAGGCCAACACCAAAAAUUGGGAGCCUUAGUAACCAUGCCUUUUAGAAAGUGGAAAGACGCAAUAGAUAAAUUCACCUCUCACAGCAACUCUGAGUACCACAAAUUUUCUUGUCUAGCUGCAGAAAACUUUAUGAAGGUCGACUCUGGCCGAAUGGAAGAUAUCACAGUGAUGUUGGAUUCGCAGAAGAGAAAAGAAAGAGAACAAAACAGAGCUUCACUCAAGCCUAUAAUUGACAAUUAUAUUAUGUGGAGAAAAUGA